GCGGAGGGGAACGAGCGCUCGCGGGCCGGGCUGCGGGUUCGGCUGCGCGGCGGGACUGAGGCGGCCGCGGGGCCCGAGCGCAGGGAGCUGAAGCUUGGAGCCCCAACCUCGGUGCUGGAGACCGCCGGGCACGUGCACAGCUCUCUGGACGACGGGGGCCCGGAGCUGAUGGCAGACAAUGUCAGCCACUAACAACAUAGCCCAGGCCCGGAAGCUGGUGGAACAGCUCCGCAUUGAAGCUGGGAUCGAGCGCAUCAAGGUCUCCAAAGCCUCGUCGGAACUCAUGAGCUACUGUGAGCAGCACGCCCGGAACGACCCUUUGCUGGUCGGAGUCCCUGCCUCCGAGAAUCCCUUCAAGGACAAGAAGCCCUGUAUUAUCCUCUAGCUGUGUCCUCAUGUGUGCCCCGCUCUCUCUCUGUCCCUCUCUCUCCUUCUCUCUCGGGCAGGGUGUCAUUGAGUACUCAGCUCCAGCAAAACAUGUCGAGUCCCCAAAACGUUUAAUCCCAAAAGAAAUGCAAAAUGUGUCCACUGCCCGGAUGGGGUAAAAUGUGUCCCUUGGGUUUAGGUGGAUUUUUAGGUCCAACAACUCAGCCCUCUCGCGGGCCUGACCAAAACAGGGAUGGUGGCUUUACAGUCCCUUCUGGUUAAGGACAGCUGGGAUGCCCGAUGUGGUGACAAUUUUUUAAAACUCUCCAUUGCCACUGGAAUUAUAGACUCCGAGCCAAGGAGGAAAGGAGGGUGACUUCGCCGCUGGCUCAGGUGGCCAUCUGUGAAGAGACUUCACAGGUUGCUGGGAUGCUUUUUUUCUUUUUAAAUUUAAACCAGUAGUAAAAUGGGGGGGGGCGGGGUGACAUCAUGAACUUUUGGGGAAGAAAUCUCUCCUUUCCGUUUAAAAAAUUGUUACUCCAUAUUACUAAAAUUGGGUCUUGAUGGCUGAGCCUGUAGCAGAACCGUCUCGUGGAAUGCACAAUAGGUUUUAGGGUCCAGGAGGGAGGUUUUGUCUGUGAAACGUGCCCUGUGUUGGCAAGUGUCAUCCCCCUGUGACGUUUGUCACUUGACAGCCAUGCCGUGGGCCCCGCCCUUCCCUGGGGACCCUAUCCAUGGCAGAAAUGGAUUUUCAGGCCCGGCCCGGGGAGUGGCCACUGGGAUGGCCCAUUGUGCUUUGUUCUGUGUUGAGCACAAGGCAUCAAUGCGGUCCUCAGAGGCUUUGAUCAGACUCGGCCCUUCCUGUUUUUCUCAACUUUCUCUCUCAUCACCGUGGCCAUUUUUCAAACAGAAACACGGGCUGGGCCACCCCUGCCUGGCAGGGGCAGCCGCCUUGUGCUUGGGCGUGUGAAAAGUUGCUAAAUUUUCUGGAGGGGACUGCAAAAGACUCUGGGAGAUGAGACCCUUUGUCCCACACGUGGAAACGUCUGCUCCAGUCUCCCCCUCGGUCAUUUUGCUUUUCCACCCCAUACAAUCCAGAGCGUCCGGUUUGAGGAUGUGACAUGCGUUUUAAGUGGGACCUGUCACUCAUCGCAACAGCCUCGGAAAUUUGCCAUGUUGUGGGUAGGGCUGGGGAGGAGGCUCUUUUAUGAUUGCUCUGUCCUCUUCCACGCCAGGGACAGUUGCAGGAGCAGGUGGCAGACGAAGACUCUUGGGGGCCCAGCCCCUACUCAGCCCUGAACUUGGGAAUCCCCAGGCUGCCCCGGCCGCUGACCAUGGGACUGACCCGGAAGCAAACAGUGGAAAGAAACUAGUCCAGCUCUGUCCCUGCUGCCCCGAUGGGAAUCAGAGCCUGAGGGCCCACGCGAGGAGUGUUCCUGGGUGGCCGCCCAGGGUGUCCUCGCAGGCAAGUGGGGCAGGGGCCAGUUUCCCAAGGCUCCCUGCUCAGCCGGCCUUUAGGGCAAGUGCCAAGGCGCCAAUCUUGCCAAAGCGAGAAGGCUUUGGGUGGGAUGCAGGUGAAAAGGUGCAGGCAGGUGGCGUGACCUCAGGCUGACUCCCAGAGGGUACAGACCGCAGGCGCAGGCUUCUCCCCUGGCACCCAGCUCUCUACGGCUGGUCCGGAGGGCCUGGGGCUUUGGGGAGCCCAGCUCCACCAAAGCGUGGUUGCACCAGGAGAGCUGCAAAGGCUGUCUGAAUACUGCAGUCUCCUUGGCUGGGCCUAGGGCGCGCCUCUCUGCCAUCCCUAGCGGGACUGCAGGAAGGGACAAAGCCUAUUCCAGAAACCCAGGCCUUACCCAAGGCAGGGAGGCCAAGGGCACAGCGGGGUUUGGGGGGGUGUGAGAAGCCCAUAAUGCAACUGCACAAGGGGCAGAGCAUGCAUGCCAGGGAGGAAGACCCAUGUCCCCACCUGGACCCUUUCUUUCCAACGAACCAUCUUGGUACCUGGGAACUAACGCAGCCCCGUUUCUCUUUAAAAGCCUUAAUCCCUUGAGUGGGCAUCACAUCCCUGCAGGGCCGUCCUCCGACCCUCGUGCCCCACCAUCCAGGUCCUCUGGCCGCUACCUCCAAAGAGGAUGGUAGAUUUUGAUCUCAAUGUCAGCGGGACCCUGGGGGCCCAAACCUCCCUUCUCUUCCUCCAGGGCAGAGGGAGGAGGGGGACACAGCCAUGCCAACCCAGCCCCAUCCUGUGUUCUCCCCGCUGACACGACUCCAGAGCAGCCAGCACAGGACGAAAGCCUCCAGAGAGACGCAGCCCCGGGCAGCCGGGACCCCCGGGCUGGGGACCUGGCGGGGUUAAACCCGGGCCUCGGCGGCCUCGAGCACCUGCUCUGGGAAACACUUCGCUCUGUAAGGCCCUAAACCCACAUCCUCCUGCCCCGCAGAGAGGACCCUGCACAGUCAGAGACCCCCAGGGCCCAAGUGUUCUAGGUAAACUGAGGCCCAGAGAAGGGAAGGACAAGUGUCUCCAGCAAGUCGGGCCUCAGCUGCCCAUACCUGGGUUGUCCCCAACCUGUGCCCCUGCCACCUGCACACCUGCUCAGCUACCUUGUCCUCCAGUUUCUUUCUAAACUUAGAAAAGAAAAUCCUCUAUUUUUGUUUCCUUUUGGAGUAAAUCCCAAUGACCAUACUGUGGGAAGUAACCCCUGCAGACCCGAAGCAUAAGUGCACGCGUGCCCUAGCGGGAAGCGUCCAGGCCUUCUCAGGACCGUGAGUGCACCGCCAGCUGGCCUUGGCGGCAGCACCGGCUCUACCCUUAGGGAGACAAGCAUCUCUCAACCAUGUAGGGGGGACAAAGAUUUAAGGACACACAAGCACCCACGUUUAAAAAAGAAAACAAGGCAGCGGUGGGAGAGGUGGAGUCUCGUUUCUUCUGCAGCUGGUGUCAUUUCCAAGGGGCCUGCUGUGAGCGAGGGUGGCAGGUGGAGGGUGUCUGGCCCCCUCAGGUGGUCCACCUGGGCAACGGUGGGACUGCAGCAGGGACUCCCAGGCUGCGGGAGCUGGUGGGGCCUCAGGCACCUGCUCUGGGGGACACAUCACUCUUUAAGGCCCUAAACUCCCUCCCGUCCCCAACACCAGGAAGGCGCUAGAACACGUCUCCCUCCCCCGACUGCUCAGGCCAAGAUGAAGUGGCUCAGUGGUGACCUGAGGCCUCCAGGGACAUAAACUGUGGCUGGGCAGGGCAGAAGGUGCUUGUCUUUCCUCCUUUCUGCUCGGUCCCUUUGAUGGCCCCACCGCUGUGUUGGGGCAGGACGCUGGGCCCCCAGGCAGCUCAUCCAUCUCAUCUUAACAGCCCUGGGCGUUGGGGUGCGCAGGAAAAGGUGAUCAGGCCCCUGUCCCCACCUGAGUGACCUGGGAGGGGGCUUCCGGGCUGAGGCGAAGCCCUUAAACCAUCACCCUUCCGGAAGGGACACAUGAAAAAGUCCACUCGAUGCUGAACCCUCCAAACAGAAGCCAUACGCCGACACUCUGCCUCGUCUCUCUGUCCACGGACACCGUUGCCAAGCAUUGUAAAGACCAGUUCCCUGUUUCCAGCAGCACUCUGUGGUUCUAGCAAGUUCUAUUCCCAAAUGCAUUUGGAUGUCUAGUUGUUUUUAUUUCUGAUUUUAAAAAAAUUCCAGGUGGGCCACACCCAGUUCCUCGCAGUGUUUUAAUAUUGUGUGGAAUUGUUAAUAUCAUGUGAAUU